AUGGAUGAGGGUUUACUCAACGACCUUCUCGAGUGCUCCGUUUGUUUGGAGCGACUCGACACUUCUUCCCGUGUCCUGCCAUGCCAACAUACCUUCUGUCUCAAGUGUUUGAAGGUGAUUAUAGAAUCGCACAAAGAGUUACGAUGUCCAGAAUGCAGGGUGUUAGUGGAAGCGAAGGUGGAGGAGUUGCCUCCGAACGUACUCCUCAUGAGGAUCCUCGAAGGUAUGAAGAACUCGGCUCCGAGGAAGUCGGCGACUGGACAAAGGACAUCAAGGAGCGGACAUUCCCAGGCGUUACAAGGUGUUCAGGGCGGCGGUAAGCAGCUACCGCCUCACGCAAGGGCUAUGUACGACUAUAUAUCUAAAGAGCCAGGGGACCUCUCGUUCAAGAAAGGUGAAACAAUACUCAUACAAAAGAAAUUGGACACGUUCUGGUAUCAAGGAGAAUGUUCUGGAAGGACUGGCAUGUUCCCACUGGCAUACGUGCAGGUUGUGGUACCUCUACCGGUGGCUACUGCACUAUGCAAAGCAUUAUACGACUUCCGAAUGUCUGCACCUGACGAGGAAGGCUGUCUGGCUUUCGAUAAAGGGGCGAUAAUAACCGUGCACCGUCGUGUGGACGACAACUGGGCGGAAGGCAGACUCGACCAACGUGUUGGUAUCUUUCCCAUCGCGUUCGUGGAACUCAACCAGGCAGCCAGACAGCUUAUGAACAGUGUGCCCCUAAACCGUCCCGUGCCGCCCAUACCGGAACAGGCGCGACCCUCGCACUCUGAACACAGGCACCAUGUACAACAGCAAGUCCCAGGGCGCUACCCGGCGAUGUCCCUGUCGGCGCCGGCCGCGGGGCACGCCGCCUACCAGAACGUGGGCGCCAUGUCGCAGUCCCAGCCCAACUACCACGCGCAGAUCCUCCUGCCGCAGCCCCUCGCCCAGCACGCCAGGAACAUCGUGGAACCCGCGCACACCAAACACUCGCUCGAUCUCAUACAGUUCACCAACGUACACAACAAGUCCCACCAAGGAACCAUGGGCAUACAGAGCGUCUCUCGAAUCGGAGAAAACUACGACAGACUACGAACGGUCAAAUACGACAGCUAUAACUCGACGCCCGUACACAAAGUCGACAAUACCUACCAGAACGUAAGGACGCACGAACAUUUUCCCGUCUCCGUAGCCAACUUCAACACUAGCAAUGUUAGUUCUGAUUCGAGUUCGAGUAUGAACACGCCAUCUUUCGGAGUAAGUUCCACGACCACUCCGAACACGAGCUCCGACACGAGCACUUGCGAGAGCGCUGAGCCGAGCCUUCCUAGUUCCCCCGACAAUAACACCGAGCGAAAUGCGACCGUCAUUGCUGGCAAUACGGCUCAAAUUCAAAACCAAAAUCAGAACCUACCAGAGGAGGAAACUAACAACGACGAGUCUCUUAAUACUUCUAUGGGAGUGUUGAGUUUGAAUGAAAGUUCAACAGCUACAAACACGUCCUUGAAUGUCAGCUUGCCACCGUCAGAGAGUCCAAAAUUGAAUGCGUCUGGUACGAGUAAUGCCUCUCAAACACAAGAAGAUAAUCAGGAAAGUGCACUCAAUAAUGAUUCUUCAAGACUUGACGUGCCUUCGUCUAGUAAAAACCCGUUGCGAACGAAUGUAGAAGCUUUUUUGAAUUUUGGAUUAGGACUACAAGCGGCUCUGUCGCCCUCUCACGGAAAAGAUGGGAAUUAUAUGGUAACCAGACCGCAUAGAGAUCAUCACCAUAAAGAAAGGGAGAAGAGGCACAGUUUGACGCCGUCUACACAUUUACAGGGAAAUCAUAAUACUCAAAACAGGCACUCUGCCGAGAUCCUAGCGACCAGUUUGCUGGACGCGGGCCCGGAGGCGCGCAGCGAGCGACGCCGGCGCCGGUCGCGCAGCAACGAGCGCCCGCUGCCCGCCGCCUACGUCGCUAUAUACCCCUACAAACCACAGAAACCCGACGAACUCGAGCUUAAGAAAGGAGGUAUCUACACGGUGACGGAGCGGUGCCGCGACGGUUGGUACAAAGGUUGCUCAGAACGAUCGCAGCGCUGCGGCGUCUUCCCGGGGAACUACGUCGCGCCCGCUUCUAAUCUGCGUACUAAACACGACAAGUCGCAGAGCGCCCCGCCGCCCAGCACGGUGGGCCCCACGAGUACAGGCCCUCCGACUGCAGGCCCCCCUAGUACGGGCCCCCCGAGUGCAGGCCCCCAGGCCCCUAGUGGCUCGGCCCCCGACGCACCGCCCCGCGCCAGAGACCCCGCACUGCUCAUGGCUCAACCAUUGACGUACCCAUGGUGUUCUCCUGCCCAAUCACAGCAAAGCACGCCGAGAUCGGAAAAGCCGAAAGAAAAAUCGAAAGCAGAGAAAUCUUCAAUAUCAACAGGCGUAAGUUUGAUGAAGCGUUUGGCUGCUAUGAAGAAAUGCAAGUCGCCACCUCCCACUGGGUACAGUAUGGAUAAUCCAGUGUUCGAAGAUGGACCCGGCACGUCAUUGAUGCUAAACACCAACUCACAACAUCACCCUGUACAUGUGAGGUCGGGCUCAUGCCCCUCGCAACUGCUGCGAGCGCUGCCGCCGGCCACACGCACACACAAGGAGCGGCCCACACCGGCGCCCCUGCACGAACAUCACCACCAUCUGCACAGAACCGGUACAGAAAACCCGUGGCAGUCACAACAUAGAAAGUCGCAAUCAUUAGACGUGACGGCUUCGAGGCGAGACAGACACCACUCGCAACCGAAUAAAGAAAGAUUUCGCUGCAUAGUCCCGUAUCCGCCUAACUCGGAAUACGAGUUAGAACUAAAAGUGGAUGAUAUAGUGAUUGUGUCGAAAAAGAGAGGAGACGGUUGGUACAAAGGUACGCUGCAGCGAACCGGUCGCACUGGCCUGUUCCCUGCGUCCUUCGUACAGAGCUGCCCGCCUGAAUGA